AUGCUGGCCGCAGGUCACCGUAACCUAUCUCUCGAGGCUGCACAAAAGAAGAACGAGAACGACGAGACCAGGGUGUACGACGAGAGAAUUCAGAAUCAGGAGGGCGUGCUGGAGGUCGUCCGUGAGGCCCUCUGCCACCCACCUACCACUCCUCUUAAGGACCACCUAGGGACCAAGACUCACUCCAGGACCCAAACCGAACAAGAAGACUCACCGGAAACUGCACGGGAUACAAAGACCAAAGAACAGACCGGAGAUGGUGUGGCAAGAGAGGCCAUGGUAGCAGGGAGCGUGGAGCACCUGUACCUCCACAACCUCCUCUGCAGGAUGGAGGCCAAACCUUUCAGUGUCGAAAUCUUUGGAACCUCCAGGUUGUGCGGUCGUACCUUCGUGACGCUCAUGGGGUUGGUGGCGACCUACCUGUUGAUGCUCCUACAGCUGCGACCUUACCUGGAUAGCCCCCAGCCAAGAAGUUCUCAGAAUAAUUCCGACGACGACAGUGACUUGUUUAAGUGUUUCAGUGCCAUGAAAUUUUCUGUCAGGAGUGAUCUGUACACUUUUUGGUCUAAUGUGUCGAGUAAAUAGCUAAGGUGCAGGUUGUUGUGACUGUAGUGACCUGCAGGUUGUCACUGUAUCUAACUGCAGGCCAUCAAUAUCCCUUUAUUUGUAGGCCACUUAUAUCUCCGACGAACAGGUCAUCUCCAUCUCAAUCUGUAAAUCAAGAUUGCGUUGUCGUGCGAGGUGGUAGGUUGGGCGUGAAGAUGGGGCGUUGAGUCGUGUGUUACUGGUGGGAUAAAAUUCGUCUCUACCUCCAAUAGCAGGUCUUAGAAACCUUUAAAACGAGUCUGUUGAUAACUCCUUGUCUCUGUGCGCUCCAACUGACAGCCGUCGACAGCUAUCUCCAGCGGUAAGUCUGUCGAUAGUUACUGUAUCGUCAACUACGGGUCUACCACAACUGACUACAACUUGAGGCCGUCCACUGCUACCCCCAACCUCACACUGUCUAGAUCUGUCACCAACGGAAGGCCAUCGAUUGUAAUCUCCAGCCGCAAGUCACCACUAUCACUACCUGUGUGUCACCACUGUUUACCUGUAGGUCACCACUAUCACUACCUGAGGUCACCACUAUCACUACCUGAGGUCACCACUAUCACUACCUGUAUGUCACCACUAUCACUACCUGUAGGUCACCACUAUCACUACCUGAGGUCACCUCUAUCACUACCUGUAUGUCACCACUAUCACUACCUGUAGGUCACCACUGUCACUACCUGAGGUCACCACUAUCACUAGCUUUAGGUUGCUCCUACGGCAGGUCUUUGAUAUACUGCAGGCUGCCACUAUUUACAGGUCGGCCGUAAAAUUUAAUCCUGCCGUUGUCACCAAGGUUAGGGUGUGUCUAUACAAAUACCUCAUAUAAUAUAUAACUCUUAACUCUAGUCUAUUGCUUUAGGAUGCAUUUUCAACACUCUUAAGUUAUUGAUUUAUUUACUGUAAGUAGACAACUCAUUUGUAACCAGUGUCAAUAAGUGUUUUUCGUGGGUACAGUUCUCGCCUCCUGUCCUAAGGGUUGCUGAUUCGCGCCCGGGGCACCUUCAGUCCACACAGCUGUAAAUGGCUACCAAACCUUACACAUUUAAUAAAAUUUCAAUUCUAAUAUGAAUA